CGCGUGGAUGAUGCUCUACGUAUAUUCCGCCUGGCUUCUUCUCAUUUGAUCGCAAAAGCGUUGGAACUAUGCGGUGACAAGUGCCACGUAGGAAAGAUUAAAGCAGAGAAAGCUCGAAUAUUUAUCGAUGCUUUUCGAGCGAUCUUCAAGUUCUCUGAAGCGGAGUGUUUACAUUUCAAAGAUUGCAAAGAUGAAAUGUGGGUUUGUAUCGAUGAUGCUCUUGGUAAAUUGGCUAACUGUCGUGGAAAAUUUGAGCGAAUAGAGCAACGAGAUGUAUUCGCUGAUGCUGUUUCUCUUGAAAGAUUUCAACUUCGCGGAAGAGGCAGUUUUCCGGUGUAUCGUUCAAAUGAAAAUCGUCAGCAUGCAGCGCCACGUUUUGUUGAUACUCUGACGAUGGCGCCUCUUCUCGAAAGCUGGUGUGAUACGCUCACUCGAGAAAUGCAGUUCAUUUUGUACACUACAGAGCGAGAUGUCGCCGAGCAAAUACUGCAACAAGGAACCCCCAUUGUAUCUGUGAUGUUUCCGAAUCUCCUCCCGCAGUUUUUAGCGAAUCCGUGUAACGUGCUGCGAGCUUGGGUUCCAAUCAUUCGCCCUGUUGUCGAAGGAAUGAUCAGCGAGAUUUUCUCCGGCGUUAAUUCGCAAAGAACGGCUGUGUUUGAACUGAUCAAGACCAAUCUUGCCGAGUGUCAGCAGUAUGCUGUAGAGUUCCUUGACUAUUGGAAGGAACUAUUUUUCCUCUUUCUUCGAUUUUCAUUGUGCAACGACUUGCUCGAUUCUUUUGGAUUUUUGAAAGAAUAA